CCUGAUGUGACCUGUCACAGCCAGACUCACAGACCUGUACAUCUGCAUGCUCUCUGGCAGCCUCUAGCACUAGAGUCUAGGCUCUUCAUUUAAUACGGAACAUAGCCCAAUUGUCUUCUUGGUCAAGGAGCAGAAAGCACGCAAUUGUGAAAAUGGCUGUUGAAAGGGCAAAUGGAGCUGGCGCCGCGGAUGAUGCGGGGCCGCCAGUCACAACGCAGGCAGAGAAAGGUUUGAAAGAACAGGCAAAUGUGUCAAAGGCGGCCGAGAGGAUGUCUUUGUCUGGGGGUCAAUCCCAUGACAUGCUGCCCCCCUUUACAGCAGCGUGGCAAUACACCGAUGCUCAGCCGCUUAUCAUCACAAAGUCGGAAGGCAUCUAUGUGUAUGACAGAGAAGGGAACAAGUACCUAGACGCCCUGGCGGGGUUGUGGUGCACAGCCCUCGGGGGCAACGAGCCGCGUCUGGUUGAGGCAGCUAUGAAGCAGCUCCAGACACUGCCCUACUACCAGUCCUUCUGGAACCGGACCACAGAGCCCGCGCUCGAGCUCUCCAGCCAGCUCAUCAACAUGUUCACGGCGUCCCCCAUGGCCAAGGUCUUCUUCACAAACAGCGGCUCUGAAUGCAACGACACGCAGGUGAAGCUUGUCUGGUAUUAUAACAACGCCAUGGGCCGGCCCAACAAGAAGAAGUUUAUUGCUCGCAAGAAGGCCUACCAUGGCUCUACACUUAUCUCGGCCAGUCUGACUGGGUUGACGCCCCUCCAUGGCAGCUUCGAUUUGCCGGUCCAGUGGGUGCUGCACACAGACACCCCGCACUACUGGAGGAAUGCAAACCCAGGGGAAAGCGAGGAGGACUUCUCAACACGGCUGGCUGAGAGUCUCGAGAAGCUGAUCCUCCAAGAAGGCCCCGACACUAUUGCCGCUUUCAUUGGAGAGCCAGUCAUGGGGGCGGGAGGGGUCAUCCCGCCACCAAAGGGGUACUGGCCGAAGGUGCAAGAAGUCUUGAAGAAGUACGAUAUCCUGCUCAUCGCGGACGAGGUGGUCACCGCCUUCGGAAGGCUCGGCACAAUGUUUGGUUCCGACUUGUACGAGAUCAAGCCCGACCUGGUCAGCCUCGCAAAGGCCUUGUCUUCCGCCUACAUGCCUAUCGGAGCGAUCUUGAUGUCGCAGCACCUGUUCGACGAGAUUGCGGCGCACAGCAACAAACUUGGCGGCUUUUCCCACGGCUUCACGUACUCCGGGCAUCCAGUGGCAUGCGCUGUCGCAAGCGAAUGCCUCAAAAUUUACCAGGAGCGCAACAUUCCGCAACACGUGAGCCAGGUCGCGCCUGCCUUCCAAGAAGGCAUGCGAGAGUUCUACAAGUACCCCUUCAUUGGAGAGAUCCGUGGUCUGGGGCUGAUAAUGGCGGUGGAGUUUGUAGCUGACCGGGACACCAAGGCAGCCUUCCCCACGGAUUGGGGCGUGGGCACGUACUUCGGGUCCCGCACCAUGGCUCACGGCAUGCUGGUCCGGGUUUCUGGUGAUAUCAUCAUGAUGUCACCCCACCUCAUCAUCACUGAGGGUGAAGUAAAAGAGCUCGUCUCGAAGUUCGGGGCAGCUUUGGAAGAUCUGGCUGCUUACAUUGAGGAGAAAAGGAAUGGUACGAAGUAGGACGCGAUCAGCCGUCCUCAGCAUUCAGAGACGAUCGGCGCUGCGUGCUUUUGGCUCGCAGUCAGCAGGUAACACUUAGUAUCUAGAUCAGCCCGAGUAGAUUCGUUCUAUCAGUCGAUUUGUGUGUGAUACCGACAGGAUAGGUUAGCAGUAAAUAUGGAUAUGGAAUGUGGCGUAUAAGUAUCUCCUUAGACGCUUCUGCAACUGCCUGCGUGCAAGUAAAUAGUUUCGUUCUGGAAUUAGACCCCUUGUGUGUAUCAAGCGAACCUAAGAAGCUCGAGCCGAGAAAGAUAGAGACACAUCAAAGCGCAGUAUGAUAUAACAGUUAUAAGGUCUGCAGGCAUAGAGAAGAUUUUUUCGCUGCAUGCAAACGUACCGGUAGAUGACAUCUGACGUAAUCACCGGUGGCAUAUGUGCUUAAGUGAGGCGGCCGGGCGGAAUUUACACUCUCGAUAUGAUAGGCUUGAUUGUCUGGUACACCGUGACAUGUACCAUGGGGCC